AUGGAAGUUGUCUUUAGCCCGAGUUACAAUCAUCUCGAUGAAUAUUUCGACACAAGGAUUUUCACGAUCGAACGUGAGAUUCAACGGAAAGGUCUUAGUGAGUCGCUUGAAAAGCUGUACGAGCUCAUUAUUUGUAUGAUUCCACUGCGAAAUUUUGACCCUCUUUUCGGAAAAGGGGGUCAUUGUCGAGUGAAAUUGGAAAAAGAGCUGGAACGAGAGGUCAUGGAGCAUCCCGAGUUGGACUUGGAAGUCGAGCCCCGCUAUUUGGUCAAGAGUUUGACGAAAAACGACAUUUAUGACAGUGUUGUCUUGACGGCGAAAAUUCGGCUCAUCGUCUUGGCCAAGACUUUAAUGGCCUUUUUGGAUCUUUUCGACAAUGAGUUUGCCAAUGCGUUCUUUGAGUUUCGAUGGAUAUUACAGUUCAUGCACGAGGCACGUAAAUGUCAGGACGUUGCAGGCAUAUCUGUGAUAAUUUCGAGCGAUCAUGAGAGAUCGCUUUCAAUUUGGUGCGCUAGAACUCUCAUAGACGAGACGGGCCGUUUCAGACGCACGCGAGGCGUCAAGAAUCGAGAGCUCAAAAUCAAUAGACUAGAUGUACUCGAAGGCAUUUUGGUCAACAUUUUGGAUUGUACCAGUGAAACGUUUAUGCUGGAAUGUAUUGAUGAGCUUGACUAUUUCAUGAUGGACAGAUUGUUCACGGUCAUUGGCGACAUUGAGCGAAACAUCGCGUUUCUCAAGGGCCCUGUUUGCGAGCUAGAAGAGCAAAAAGGUGUUUAUGAAAUAGCUUUGCGUGCGCAAAGGGCUCACAUAGAUAGCAUGGUGCGAAAACACAUUUUGGCCUCAACUUUCAAACUGCCGGGAGAUGUCAGUAUCGUCUCCUGUAUGGACAAAAUUUUAGAGGGUCUAUUGCUGUAUGGAGGGGUCCAUCUCCCAGUAAUAGACUUUUUUUAUAAAGUCAUGCAGUAUUAUCGCAACCAAAUUCAGAACAGUCCGGGAUCUAAUUCAUGCGAGCGCCCUAGAUCGCAUAUCAAAUUAGUUAACGAAAUUGUGGCGGACUGGAGGCAAAUGGUUGACGAUUCCGACGCCAUGAACAUGCAGUGUCCCCAAACGCUCAUGAAAAUUGGUGACCGAGGCAUAGUCAUGAUCGAUGAAGUGUUCGAGGAAUCGGAAAAUGAUCACAAUCAUGAUCUGACAUUGUUCUUGAGUUCCGUGAAAUUGAGAGCUAAAAAAAGGUUUUAUGGUGUAUCAAAAGUUCAGGGGGAAUUUAGCAAAGCUCAAUGGCAUGUCGGUAUCUCGUGGAUUAAAUUUUGGGAAAGCUGCUAUUUGGAUAAUCAAAGGCAGCUUCCUCGAGAGCUCGCAGAGAUUCUGCACGAGUUUAACCUCAUCAAAUUUUCACAGAAUGCUGGGAAUAACGGCAGUGAAACAUAA